GAAAUCUGUUAACUCAUUAACUUCUCCCAGCAUGCAACAGCCAAAAUGGAGGCCCGCCAUGCGCCAAAUAUUCUGAUCACAGGCACCCCUGGCACAGGGAAGUCCAUACUUGGGAAGGAGCUGGCAAUCAGGACAGGACUGAAGUAUGUCAACAUCGGGGAGCUGGCCAAGGAAAACAACUUCUUUGAGGAUUGGGAUGAGGAGCGGCAGUGUCAUGUUCUUGAUGAGGAUAGGGUUAUGGAUGAACUUGAGGACCAGAUGAGUGCAGGAGGGAACAUUGUGGACUACCACAGCUGUGAGAUGUUCCCAGAGAGAUGGUUUGACAUCGUGUUUGUCAUGAGAACCAACAACACUGUGUUGUAUGACAGACUGAAAAAUAGGGGGUACAGUGACAAGAAGAUACAAGAGAAUGUUCAGUGUGAGAUUUUCCAGACACUACUAGAAGAGGCAAGGGAGUCGUAUAAAGUAGAGAUUGUUCACGAGUUACAGAGCAACACACCACAGGAGAUGGAAACAAACCUCAGUAACAUCUUACAAUGGCUGGUCCAGUGGAAAAAUGACCACUCAUAGACAAUUGAGGUUUUACACAUAAAGUUUUAUUUAAAGAAAAAGUUUAUAGUAUAUGAUUUUGUUUUUCUUUAUUAAUAAUCAUUUGAAGGAAGAUAUGUGUAUGGCAUGGUAUGUUGUUUUUUUCUUUCUUUAGGGAAAACAAGGAAGGAACAAAUGUUCGCAACUUAUCUUUAUACUAAAUAUAGUAAUUUAGGAUUUUUCAUACUGUUUAAUUUAUAAUCAUGUAAACUUUGAGAAUGUGACCACAGUCAAACAAUAACUGACAUGUAAUACUACUUUUAUCACUGACCCAAUGGCAUUGCAAUGGGCCUGAUCAAGUACAUUGUCUUUGCAACUUGCUACUAAUGGUGAUGUAUUUUAGUCAAUGUUUAGCAAGUUAACUUCUCAAGUCUACAUACAGCACUGUGUCUAUGGCAUAUGGAAACAAUUGGAGUGCACAUAUAAGGUGCAUGUUUUUGUACCAUGCAAUCUUCAUGGAAAGGAAUGAUAGACAUUAUAAAUUACAUGUGUGUACAAAUGUUGUUAGGGAAAUAGCUGAGAAACUUUUUUGAUAGAAGUGCUCAGAUGUUCAAGAUAAAAUGAGACAGGCUGAA